UUGAUCUAAUUUUGACGUUCCUCCUUUCAGAUUUCAAGUUUAUAUAGGUUCCCGUUUGCUCACGAAAAAGGUUUGUUGAAUUACUAGCAGAAGAAAAAAAUGAGGCUUUCUAUAAUCCGAUCGGCCCGAUUGAAUGCCGCCGUGAAGGAAUUACGUUUGCAUCUCUGCCAGACUGGCGAGGAAUCCAAAGGAGUGCGCGAAUUCAUCAAUAGCCAAUAUGCCCAACUGAAGCGGGAUAAUCCGACGCUGCCGAUAUUGAUACGCGAGUGCAGCGGUGUCCAGCCCCGUCUUUGGGCUAGAUAUGAAAUGGGAAUGGAAAAAUCGGUACCACUGACAAACGCUGCAGCCGCUGAUGUUUCAAAGCAUAUUACCGAGCUUGGAAAAUAGUUUAAUAUAUAAAUCAGUAACAGAAAUACAACACAAAAAUCUGAAGACGACCUUAUUUAAUUAUACUCUCAAUCAGUUAGAUCCCUUAGAUCACAUGAACAGAUGUAGGAUUCGAUCAAAUAAAUCGUUUCAAACUGAAGAUUUCCCUCUUAACUGUAAUGGAAGCGCGGGAAUACAUGUUUUUCCCUUGAAACCGUACUCUAAUCGAAAUUUGCAUUUUAUUUUUUUCAAUUAUAAAUUUUCGGUCACCUCAGAAUGAAAGUUUGAUUUUGGAUAUGUCGCAUAACUAAACCUAAUCGCUAUUGAAAGAAUAAAAACUUUUUAUUCUCACGUUGUA